AGGGCGUGUGUAGCAUCUAACUGGUCCCCCCGUCUGUUCACGCUGAAACUGGAAGCUGUGCGGGAUUGUGGGGAGUACACACACACCAAACUACUUCCAAGAUGUCUGACAUGGAGGAUGACUUUAUGUGCGAUGAUGAGGAAGACUAUGACUUGGAAUAUUCUGAAGACAGCAACUCUGAGCCAAAUGUAGAUUUGGAAAAUCAGUACUACAAUUCCAAAGCAUUGAAAGAGGAUGAUCCUAAAGCAGCGCUUAGUAGCUUCCAGAAGGUAUUGGAACUGGAAGGUGAAAAGGGUGAAUGGGGAUUCAAAGCACUCAAGCAGAUGAUUAAAAUCAACUUUAAGCUGGGUAACUAUCCAGAAAUGAUGAACAGAUAUAAGCAGCUGCUAACAUACAUCCGGAGUGCAGUUACAAGAAAUUAUUCAGAAAAAUCAAUCAACUCCAUCCUUGAUUAUAUAUCUACUUCUAAACAGCAGAAGUCGAUGAAGAGGCAGGUUAGCAGCGGGGAAAUCGCAGAAACGGACCUGAAAGCUUGCUUUGGCGGGGAAGCUGAAUCAAAGAUGGACUUAUUGCAAGAGUUUUAUGAAACUACCCUUGAAGCUUUAAAAGACGCAAAAAAUGACCGAUUAUGGUUUAAGACAAACACAAAGCUUGGCAAGUUAUAUUUGGAAAGAGAAGAAUUUGGAAAAUUACAGAAAAUAUUACGUCAGCUCCACCAGUCAUGCCAGACUGAUGAUGGUGAGGAUGAUUUGAAGAAAGGGACACAACUUUUAGAAAUUUAUGCUCUGGAGAUCCAAAUGUAUACUGCACAAAAGAAUAAUAAGAAAUUAAAAGCACUAUAUGAGCAGUCCUUGCACAUCAAAUCUGCCAUUCCUCAUCCACUUAUCAUGGGUGUCAUCAGAGAAUGUGGAGGUAAGAUGCACUUAAGAGAAGGAGAGUUUGAAAAGGCCCACACUGACUUUUUCGAAGCAUUCAAGAAUUAUGACGAAUCAGGAAGCCCCAGGCGUACCACUUGCCUAAAAUAUUUGGUUUUGGCUAACAUGCUGAUGAAGUCAGGAAUUAAUCCCUUUGAUUCUCAGGAGGCCAAACCUUACAAAAAUGAUCCAGAGAUUCUUGCAAUGACAAAUUUAGUAAGUGCCUAUCAAAAUAAUGACAUCACUGAAUUUGAGAAGAUUCUGAAAACCAAUCACAGUAACAUCAUGGAUGACCCCUUUAUAAGAGAACACAUAGAAGAACUAUUGAGGAACAUCAGAACCCAAGUCUUGAUAAAAUUAAUAAAGCCUUACACUAGAAUACAUAUACCAUUUAUUUCAAAGGAGUUGAACAUAGAUGUAGCUGAUGUAGAGAGCUUGUUGGUGCAGUGCAUACUGGACAACACUAUUCAUGGGCGGAUUGAUCAAGUCAACCAACUUCUUGAAUUAGAUCAUCAGAAGAGAGGUGGAGCCCGAUAUACUGCAUUAGAUAAAUGGACCAAUCAGCUUAAUACACUCAACCAAGCAGUUGUCAGUAAAUUGGCUUGAUUCAAUUUAAGCUUCUACAAUAAUACAAUAUGGAAAAGAUGCAGUGAUGUAAACCUUAAAAACUGAGAAUGGCUGAAGUGCUGCUGUUGGUUGGCCCUGAAAACUACCAGAGCAAUGGCAGAAGUGCUUUUUGAUGAACUGGUUCGUGUUUUGUUGCUGCAUUUGUCCCAAGACCACAGCUUUAAUCUGAAGAAAACCAAACUGCUGCAGGAUUUAUGGUGUAUUGACAUUGUGUCCUCCAUCAUAAGGGAAUUGACCGUCAGAGAGCUGUUUGUGUCAUAAUUUAAAAACAGACUCUUCACUUUGACAUCUAAGUAAAAAAAACAUCAGUUUAAAAAAAACUCACUGAAAUGUUAAACAAAACUUGCAAUAAUUUGAUAUGCGUACUAGUUUUUGAAGAUGCAUUCUUUCAUGUAUGAUUUGGCAUGUUUGCGUCUUUCUGCAAAAUGUCACGUCAACUUCCAAGUUAUGUGGCCCAUGAGUUUUCUGUACCUGCAGUGUAGUAAAAAUUAAGACAGGAACCUUCUUCUGUGGCAUACUGUCACAUCAGGUUUAAAGCAGCAAAAUAAAAUAGAGCUCGGAAAUGGGAAAUGCUGUAAUUUUGGAGUGCUUCCAUUUGUUUUUUUUUCCUCAGCAAUUCAUAUGAAAACCAUGCACAUAUUCCAUUUCUUUGGCCCCAGUAGAUCCACAUAUAUUGUGAAGUAGAGCAUUUAUUCAGACAAGUCAGGAAUAUGUUUCUCAACAAAAAAGUAACCUUAAAUUUUUGUCCAGUCCCCAAUUAGUAUAUGAGCUAAUCAAAGUACAUAUAACUGAAAGCACAUAUCAUUAAGUAGUUUAUAUUUGGACAAUACACGUCUUGUGGGUUUUGUGUGCAUUCAACCUGUGCAAAGCUUUGAUUGGCUGAAGCUGUUUGACUGCAGUUAUUCUUGAGGGUGCUGCCUGGAUGAAUAGUCAAAAUACAGAACUUUGAUUUUGGACAUUAAGAAUUGCUUUGUUUUUUUCUUAAUAUGUCUUUUACUGAUAAAUCAAAAAAUAAACUAAUUAUCACAGUCGUUUAGUAUUCAACAUAUUGUUACCCGAGUUGGGAUGGACAAAUCUUAAGUUCUUCUGUGUUCUGCCCAUUUAUUUCCUGGUUAUUUGUCUUGAAUGAAGAAUAACCUUAAUUUUAUAAUAUUCACAUUUGAGGUUUACAUUUUUUAUAUUUUUUUCUAAACAUUUCAUUAUUUCCAUUGCAUGCUAUAACCUAUUUAAAAUAAGGUGUCCUUUUCUGAAGCAAAGUUUUAACUUUUAUCUUGAACUGUGCUAAGCAUGAUGUAUGCUACUGUUAAUUUUGGUUAUGAAAUUGGCAUUCCUGUUCUAAUUAAUUUAACGGAAGAUAAAUGUACAUGAUUACAGAUUCAGAUAGUUUAUAUAUGAUGUGCUAAGUUGCAAAUGAAUUUAUGAUACGUAAUGUAUUUCAUAACAUGCUUGAGAGAACUUUCUAUAAAGACACCAGACUGUUGACCUGGAAUGAUCUGAGUUUUCCAGGUCUUGAACACUACAUUUAUAUUUUGUAUUUAAAAUCUUUAAUUUAUCUUUUACAACCAAAAGGAAUAUGCCCAAGCUGAAAGUUUUUUUCUAGUAUUUUUUUAGCAACAUUAAAAUUUAUAAUUUUGCAUUGAAUGUUUAGCUUUGCAUUAAUAGUUCUGCAGCUAUUUUUUUUAAAUAUAUAGAGGUGGUGUGCAAUGGGCUUGAGCAUGAAGACCUUAAUUUCCAAAGGAUUGAUUUCUAUUUAAAAAAGAAUGGCUUUUAUUUGAUCAAAACCACACAAGUGGUUUUGGUAUUGUUUGCCUUCUUACAAGUUUUGCUUCCUUUAAGUGAAAACUCCUGCACAAAAUGGAAAGCAUUGGUAGAAGCAUUGAUUUUUAAAACUACAGCAUCAGAUAACUUUUAAAGUAGAAGUGAUAGAUGUGCAAAUCUGGAACUGACCAAUGAACUUAAUGUCCAUUCCAGAGGAAAGACUGCAGUGAUCAAUCCUGCCAUCAGAAUCAGAUCUCUUACUUAUCAAGAGAACCUCAAGAGUUGUGUAAAAUAAUCCUCCCCUGCAGUCAGACCAAAAGAUAUGAUUAAUCUAAAACUAGAUAUAAUCCAGUCAUGCUAGCACAUAAAUUAUAACAGUUGUGUAACAAUAAUUUCAUUUUAUUAUUAUUUACUGAAAAAAUAGGUUUCAGGUAUAUGACUAGAAAGUAGUGAAAUCAUAGAUGCUUUAACUGCAAGUUGCCCCUUUAUUUUUUUUAAGAUGGGCAUAAAAGAUAUGCUGUGCACAUGGCAUAUACACUCAGUGGUCACUUUACUGGGUACACCUGUCUAGUUGAUGUAAGUAUCAAAUCUGCCAAUUAUGUGAUAGAAACUCAAUGCAUAAAAUAAUUCAGACAUUGUUCAGUUGUUUAGACUAAACAUUAGAAUGGGGAAGAACUGCGAUCUAAGUGACUUUGACCAUGAAAUGAUUGUUGGUGCCAGAUAGGUAUAUCAGGAACAGCUGAUCUGGGAUUUUUACACACAAGUCUCUCAAGUUUACAAAAACCAAGAUAAUCUAGUGAGCAGCAGUUCUGCCGGCAAAAACACUUCUUGUCAAUGAGAGGUCAAGUUGAAUGGGCAGAUUGGUUCAUGCUGACGGAAAGGCAACAGUAACUCAGAUGACCUUGUGUUACGACAGUGGUGUGCAGAAGAGCAUCUCUGAACAUACCUGUUGAACCUUGAAGUAGAUUGGCUACAGCAGCAGAAGGAGGUACCUAAUAAAGGGGCUACUGAGUGGUUUGUAAUUAAGUUAUAGUACUGCAAAAGGCUUCCUUUGUACAGUUGAAAUACGUGGUAUUUCUGACACUUUUAAUUAUCGUACACAAGCAAGAUGAAUUCAUUGCGCACCUGAGUUUUUAAUAGUCUUGUGGACAUGAACUUGUUAGAUGUUUUAUUAUUUAUGAUUAAAUGUAACAUCUGUCCCUU